AUGUCGGGCAACAGAAACUACGAUUUCCUAAUCAAGCUCCUGCUCAUCGGCGACUCGGGUGUAGGCAAAUCAUGCUGUCUUCUCCGGUUCAGUGAGGACUCGUUUACGCCCUCCUUCAUCACCACUAUCGGAAUCGACUUCAAGAUCAGAACCAUUGAGCUCGAUGGCAAGCGCGUCAAGUUGCAGAUCUGGGAUACUGCAGGCCAGGAGCGUUUCCGUACCAUUACUACGGCCUACUACCGCGGCGCCAUGGGUAUUCUGCUGGUGUACGAUGUUACCGACCAGAGAUCUUUUGAUAACAUCCGUACCUGGUUCGCCAACGUAGAGCAGCACGCCACUGAGGGCGUCAACAAGAUUCUGAUUGGUAACAAGUGCGAUUGGGAGGAUAAGCGGGUAGUGUCGACGGAACAGGGCGAGGCCCUGGCCAAGGAGCUCGGCAUUCCUUUCCUCGAGGUCUCUGCCAAGAGCAAUAUCAACAUUGACAAGGCUUUCUACUCUCUCGCAUCCGACAUCAAGAAGCGCAUUAUUGACACUUCGAAAGACCAGCCAUCCGGCGGCAACAACAAUGUCAAGGUUGAUUCAGGAGACGGAAGUGGUGGCCUGGGCAAGUGCUGCUAA